CAUUAGUAUUUAGUAAUAACUCUGUAGUAACUCAACAAUGCUUUGAUUGAAAGAAAUUUCACUUGCAUACUACUACACCUAUUGCCCCCUCUCUUUCCUUUCUUACUAUCCCCCAAAACUUCAAACGCCGCCAUGACUAUCUUAACCAGCGGCGCACACAUCCUAGUAUUCCCUUACCCUGCGCCGGGGCACAUGAUGCCUCUCCUCGGCCUAGCCCAACAACUAUCCAUCCGUGGCCUCACCAUCACUGUUCUCGUCACCCCCAAAAACCUCCCUAUCCUACGCCCACUUCUCUCUGCCCACCCUUCUAUAACACCUUUGGUCCUCCCUUUCCCUGCGCACCUCUCCCUCCCUUCUGGAGCAGAAAACGUCAAAGACCUCCCUCCCGCCGCCUUCCCCGCUAUCAUGCACGCCAUGCGCCAACUCCACACUCCAAUCCUCCAGUGGUUCCAAGCCCACCCUUCGCCGCCAGUGGCAAUUGUUUCCGACAUGUUUUUGUGGUGGACCCACCUGCUGGCUGGCGAGCUCGGCAUACCUAGGUUAAUGUUCUCUCCGUCUGGUGUAAUGGCCAUGUCGAUAAUCUAUUCGCUGCGUCGGUAUCUACCGGAGAGAGAAGAUCCCAAUGAUCCUAAUAGUCUGAUCACUCUUUCGAGGAUUCCGAAUUCCCAAAAUUACCCUUGGUGGCAGCUUAUGUUUCUCUACAGUACUAGCUAUGUUGAAGGAGACCCAAUUUCGGAUUUCAUGAGAGAUGGGGUUCUAGCAAAUAUGGCGAGUUGGGGGCUCGUGUUUAACUCAUUCAAUAAGUUGGAACGAGUUUAUUUGGAGCACGUGAUGGCGGAAGCUGGCCAUGAUCGGGUGUGGGCAGUGGGGCCGUUACUCCCUACAGAGAUUGAUAGUCCAUCGGGACCAACAAAUGGGCCUGAUGGUAAUAUAAUCUCUUGGCUUGACAUUUGUGGUGAUCGAACGGUGGUGUACGUGUGCUUCGGGAGUCAAGCUGUGUUGGGAAAUAAUCAGAUGGAGCGAAUAGCAGCUGGGUUGGAGAAAAGUGGGACCAAGUUCCUUUGGUGCAUAAAGGAGUCCCCACAAGGAAGCGCAGAGGGAGGAGAUUUCGGCGUGAUCCCAUCAGGUUUUGAAGAUAGAACCGCUGGAAGAGGUUUGGUGGUUAGAGAGUGGGCCCCUCAGGUGACGAUACUGAGGCACCGAGCUGUUGGGGCAUUUUUAACUCACUGUGGUUGGAACUCGGUGUUGGAGGGGCUUGUAGCUGGGGUGCCAAUGCUAGCGUGGCCAAUGGAGGGGGAACAAUUUUUGAAUGCCACUUUGUUAGUGGACGAGUUGAAGGUGGCGACUCGAAUUUGUGAGGGGGCACAAACGGUUCCGGACUCGAACGAGUUGGCCCAAGUUGUGGCGGAAUCGGUGCAUAAUAAGCUUGGGAGUGAGAACAUAAGGUCGAGAGAGUUACGGGAGGCGGCAUUGGAUGCCGUGGGAGAAGGGGGGAGUUCGAACAUGGAUUUGGAUAGAUUGGUUGUUCAUCUUUCACGUAGGGAUUUCUCUUAAGCAGUGGCGGACGCAAGAUUUGUACAAAGCGGUGGCCCGAAUCACAUGUAUUUUUACAUCGAGAACAAAAGCUAUAGUGCAUAAUAUAAAUAUUGCUACUCACUAGUUCUCAGAAGAAGACGAGAUUGUCUACAUAGUGACAUAUACCUAAUCGCAUCUAAUUUUAUAACCACGUCCUAAAAAUUGUCAAUAACUUGAAAUUUUAGGGGGGGGGGGGUGUUUCAAACACAGAGAGAAAUUUUAUCAAAUUUUUUCACUCAAGAGACUUGCAGGAGCUGAUCCUUAAAAACUUUUUCCAAAUUAACUUGGAAUAUAUUGUAUAAUUAGUGGGAUAAUUGGGGGGUGUGCACGGGCACAGGCCCCCACUGGCAACCCCAUCCGUCCGCCCGUGCUCAUAAGCGGGUGAGCGGGAAAUAGGAAAUUGUUUUCUUUCUUUAUCGGAUAGAAAAUAUUGAUUGUUUAACGCCUAGGGAAAUUGAAAUCCGUUGGCAAAUCUAUACUAUAUAGUAUUCGGUGUGUUUGAUUGGAAAGAAAUUUGUGCUGGAAAGUGAAAAUGAGAGAAAGUAAAGUAAAAGAAAAGAAAGCGAAAAGAAAGUUUAUGUUCUUACAUGUGUUUGGUUAAAACGAAAAAGUUUUGUAAUAAUCUUGCAAGGGAAAAAAAUAUUUAAUAACUUACUCUUAACAUACAUUAUGGGUCAUGAUAGAAUAGGAAAAGUUAUGGACAUAAUGUGAAGUGUCAUAAAAUGAGAAUUUUUACAAAAAAUGUAAUUUCCUUGUGUUUUUAGCAAGAAAUUGGAAGCCAUGUACUAAUGCUUUAAUGAGUUCUAAAAAAAAAAUCCACUUUCUUGUAUUUUCAUGGUAAUCAAACACAAAAAAAGUGUCAUUAUUUUCUCUUUCUUGCAAUUUCUAUCAUUUCACUCUAUUCAAACGGAUCCUUGCAGAAUGACUUUUUGUGAGGAGUAACGUGGAUACGACAAGUGGCAAGAAUAUAUUGAAUUGUUAGUUCAGUUUUGAAGUAAUACUUGCUCAGAAGCAAUUACUCCUGCCUUCCUUAAACACUUGAGCUAACCUCUUUUGAUUCAUGAAGGCUUUCUUUGCCUCCGAUUAUGUGACAAAGUCAUCCAUAAAUGGUGAACAAAAAAAUCAUGUCAUGAAGGGUUUCUCUUCUUUACCUUUUUCCUUUUUCAUAAUGUGGAACCAAUCCAACCAACAAUAACUUCGGAUCAUUUUUGGGUAAGAGUCAAACUAGAGAUCAUUCAUGCAUGCUCGGAGAGCCCUUAUUCCCGCCCUCCUUACCACUUUUUGAACUAACCUCUUUUGGUUCAUGAAGGGUUUCUCUGGGCCUCCGCUUAUGUCACAAAUUUGAGAUAAAUGAUGCUCCGGACCAGUUAUGUGUGUGUGUAGGGGCCAGUUCCGCUAACACAUGCUUUGACACAUAAAAUGACGCUCAAUCUCAGUCAUUCAUUUUAAUAGUUGAGAUUAUAACACUAUCUCUCCUCCCUCUCCUCACCUUAUCCCUCCCACAAAAACCUGCUAACAAUGGAGGCACGAUUUGAUGCCACAUCUGUUUUCGACAUGGAGACUUAACCAGUCGUAACUUCCUGUGAUUUGGAGGCGGGACAAUGGAACUCUUGCACAAGGACAUGAGGUGCUUGAAAACUAUCUCCCCCAUAUAAUACAGAGUACAUGGCCAUAUACGUACACACACAUAAAAUGAAUGGGUAUAUAGGCACUCGGAGUCCCUUCUUUUACUUUUCGUAGACUUCAUUCUAGGAUGGUCCUCCUUUUUCCAUUUGUCUCCUGGAAGACAGACCUUUUGUUUCUCUCUAUGAUCCUUUUCUUAGUUGUGUAAACUUGUGAUUGCAGACCAUAGUGUGGAUGAUAUGGUGAUACAGCUGUAGUUUCCAACUCCUUGGUGUUUCCCCAAAUCUUAGUGCAACCAUAUGUUUUCUAUCAGUGGGUACAUGUUAAUCUGUUGGCAGUUCAAAAUGUGAUUGUUUUAUAUUUGGAAAGUAGCAUGGAAGGAAGAAAGUUUGUCAUAGUUGAGUGCAGUUUCUUUUAUAGUCAAGGUUAUUUUUUGCGGUAACUAAAGUCAUCCAAUGUUGUCUUGUAUGAUGUGGUUCAUGUGU